AUGUCGUCUCAAAAAAUCGAUUUAACCCAGUUGGGACCUGAGCAAUUAGCUGCUGUGAAACAACAAUUCGAUGAAGAAUUGCAACAUUUCACGCAGUCCUUACAAGCAUUGAAUAUAGCUAAAAAUAAAUUUACAGAUUGUAUCACCGAUAUCAAGUCUAUAGCCAACCCAAAGAACGAGAAUCAAAAAUUGUUGAUACCGGCUUCAGCAUCUCUUUACGUACCAGGAAAAAUCAAAGAUAACCAACAAUUUAUGGUCGAUAUAGGUACAGGUUAUUAUGUGGAAAAGAAUGAAAAGGAUGCCAUUGCUUUCUAUCAGAAGAAAAUUGAUAAACUAAACAAAGAAUCGGGACAGAUACAAACCAUUAUUAAAGAUAAAACACAGUCUUCUUUGGCUAUUGAACAGCAAUUACGUUUAGCUGCAAUCAGACAGCAUGAACAGAGUGCCAACGAACAGAAAACAGAGAAAAAUUAG